UGUGGAGGAAGCUAAGAAGAGGAUGUAUGCAUUAAGCACCACAACUUAUCAAGGAUUUCAAGCCGUAAUGACUGAGGAAAUGUCUGAAAAAUUUCAUGGUUUGCCUGGUGUUUUCUUUGUUUUGCCUGAUUCAUACAUUGAUCCUGUGAAUAAGGAAUAUGGAGGCGACAAGUAUGAAAAUGGGGUAAUUACUCCCAGGCCACCCCCAAUUCAAUAUAACAGGCAAGGGAGACCAAGAUAUCAAAACAGAACCGACCAGCCAAAUUAUAACUAUUUCAGCUUUAGUAACCAAGAAGGAUGUUGCAAAGUUCCCCUCUAG